AUGGCCACUUUCUUUGUGAUUUCUAAGCAAUUUUAUGCCCAUGUUGUACCUGGUGUCAGUCAAUUGUUUCAUGGUCAUGUUCGUCCUCGACUUCGUGCUUUUUCCAUUCUAUAUUUAUCCAUAGUCCUUGGGCUUGCAUACUUGGCUAUUAUCUUCUUUAGUUACAGAAGGUUUCGACUGUUGAAGGAGCAGUACAAGUGGCUCAGAAUGGAACGGAAGUUUUUGAAUGCUCUCGUAAAAGAUGUUAAAUACGUUUCAGAAUUGGGGAAAGAAAUAGAUAAGAGAGCCCAUCAACUUUGGGAUUCACAACUGAGACCGGGAGCGACAGUACAACUAAGUGAUGUUGAGAAAGAAUGGGUAAAUUCAAUCGAAGCCGUGGUUCGCAAAGCAAAGUCUAGCUCUGAAACCUACAAGAAACUGAGUAGAAGAAGACAAUUUCUGAGGUGGGUUUACUCUGUCUUAAUGGAUUUCGGAAAAAUCCGUAGCCUCGACAAUGAAAUGGAUGGGGUGAUCUAUGAGUUGUCUGAUCAUCUCUCCAGGAAAUGUUUUAAGAUCUAUGGAUCACUAGAGAGGUCAAGGUCUAAUGUUAGAAGCCUGCAGGACAGACCACUGGUGGAACAAAACUUUUAUACUUAUGAUCGAGCUGUGCGACUGCCACCAACUCAUUCAAUUGAAGAGAAAUUGAAGGACCUAAUCCAUGGAAAGCCAGAUUUAGUACGUGACAAGAAAGACGACAUACAGUACAACAUUGAGUUUCGGGUGAAGCUUCUGCUUGCUUUCCUGAAAGAUUUAGAUGGGCUUAGAAUAAACACUAAAACGGAGAAGACCUGGGUGAAGCUUGUGGAGGAGACCAUACUCGAACUGCUACAAGACAUGGAUGGCAUACUGAAAAUAGCAAAUAGAAUGAACUGGAUUUUCUAUAUCGGUAAUUGGAUAGCAAGGCGUAAGCUCAAGAAGAAGCAGAGGUUGUAUGACAGAAAUCUAUGGGUCCUCCUUUUACACAAGAGCGUAUGUCAUUUCAAAUUUAUUAGAGAUCCAUUAAAAUCUGGUCAUCAGUCCCAAAAAAAGAAAAAGUUUUCGUCUCAGGACACAACUGAUGACAAAGGUAUUUCUUCUCUUCUAAACAACUUUCACAAUCAGGUCAGUCAGGGGCAAACCGCGGAAGACUACAAACAACUACACAAGACUUUCGAGAGACUACACAAGCUUCUCAUGGAUGCAAAAGAAGUUGAAGGCAUAGACCAUUCAAGAAUGGCUUGGACAAAUCAACUGAAGGAAAUUAUUAAAGAUGCAGAAAAAUCUUUGAAAUCCCAUGGAGAAAGUUCAAGCUCAAAAUGGAGUGAAAAUAAAAACAAGACAGAGUCUGGGUCCAUGUUCAAAGAUAUUUCGCGAUUCAAUCAAGCUCUCAGACUUCUUGAGAGAUGCAUAAGGAUAUAUCGCAUUGAACUGAGGGGAGAGAGAAACUUGGUAGUUGGCAUGGAUGAAGACGUACAUGAAGUAGUCUCACGACUGAUCACCAAUAGUGAGAAUUGCUCCACACAUUUUAUUGUCGGGAUGAAAGGCAUUGGUAAGUCAACACUGGCACAGAUGGUUUUCAACCAUAGAGCUAUUCAGAACCAUUUUGAAUCCAAAUACUGGGUGCCUCUAACUGAUAAAGCGGAUGAGGAAAAGAAUGUACUCCUGAAAAGAUUAGGACAAAAGGUCAUGCCUUCACCGGCAACGAAUAAGGAAGGGGAGGAAAAAGAGGAAGGGACUAAUACAGAUAGGAAGGAAAAAGAUUACUCGAUCAAGGAGCUGAAUGAGUUUUUGAAAGGUAAGAAAUACCUUAUAGUUCUGGACAACAUAUCAUCAGCAGAAGCCUGGGAGAGUCUAAAAGCAGCAUUCCAGGAUAGCACAAAUGGGAGCAGAAUUUUGAUUACCACACGAUACAAAAGUGUAGCUUCAAAUGCUGAGAACUCCCACCAAGUUCGAUUACGAACCAAAGAUGAAAGCUGGAGUUUGUUUCGACAGAUGGUCCACCUUCCGUCUGAAACUUCUGACCAGCCCGAAGUUUCUCCAGAAGCAGGAGAAGCACAAAAAAAGAAUUCCCUCGCACGUAAAGUAGUAGGAAGGUGUGGGGGCUUGCCACUUUCUAUCUUACGUCUUGGGUAUCUAUUUUCUGGGACGAAGAAUGUGACUUAUGAGGAGUUGUUGAAGGUGCUUGACCAUAUUGAUCAUAACCAAACACCAUGGACGGAAAUUAUGGAUUUUGAUGUAAAAGACUUACCACUACAUCUAAGGCAAUGUCUUUCUUAUUUUGGACUCUUCCCCAAGGACUCUGAAACUUCAGCAAGGAAAUUAGUCGCUUUGUGGGUUGCAGAAGGGUUGGUAACACCAAGUGGCGUUGAGCAAGAGCCUCCUGAAUUAGUUGCAAGGAAUAUUUUGAGACAGUUGAUCAGCCGCAACUUGGUACAGGUGGUGGAAAGAAAGCCUAACGGGAAGGAAAAGACAUGUAGUUUCCCUAGUGCUCUGCGAGAUUUAUGGUUGCGAUCAAAUGCAAGCUUUGAUCAGCGGCUUGCUUAUAAUGCUGAUGAACAUGAUGCCAGUUCUACUCUUAGUCAUGGUGGCGGUAAAAAUUUACAAAAUUUAUUGCGAAGCUGCAGAAAUCCCCGCUCAAUUCUCUUUUUUGAUACUCGAGAAGGCAAUAAACCUGGAGAAGAAAUAGGCAACUUCCUUUCGUUUUUGUUGGUAUUCCUUCCCUAUUCAAAAACUCGAUCCCCAAUCAUGCCAUUCGCGCGGCAGGUGGCCAAAUCUGCAAAACCUUCACUCAAAUCAACUGAAAUCCAUUUUAAACCUCAGCACCACAAUAUUUUGAAGAGCUGCUGGAGAUCACGCCUCGUGAAUUCAUCACCAACACCACCUUGA